AUGGGGACUCCAAAUGAUCAGGCCGUCUUGCAGGCCAUCUUCAACCCCGACUCCCCGUUUGGAGAUAUUGUUGGGUUGGACCUGGGAGAGGAAGCAGAGAAGGAAGUAGAUGAAGAUGAAGUUUUCCCGAGAGCGCAGCUGGAACAGUCCAAGGCCCUGGAGCUGCAGGCGGUGAUCGCAGCCGAGGCUGGCGACCUUAGCACAGCCCUGGAGAGGUUUGGCCAAGCUAUCAACCUAUUGCCUGAGAGGGCCUCAGCCUACAAUAACCGAGCCCAGGCCCGGCGUCUCCAAGGAGAUGUGGCAGGCGCCCUGGAGGACCUGGAGCGCGCGCUGGCGCUGAGCGGCGGCCGGAGUCGCACCGCCCGCCAGGGCUUUGUGCAGCGCGGGCUCGUGGCGCGGCUGCAGGGCCGGGACGACGACGCCCGCAGAGACUUCGAGCGGGCGGCUAGGCUGGGCAGCCCGUUUGCGCGCCGCCAGCUGGUGCUGCUCAACCCGUACGCGGCGCUGUGCAACCGCAUGCUGGCCGACGUGAUGGGGCAGCUGCGCCGGCCCCGCGAUGGGCGCUGA